UAUACUUUCCAGUUUCCCCAUCGGUUCAUUCCUCCCCGGCUCCUCUCCCCAAUUUCGUCUUCUUAGCCUCUGAAGUCUGAAGUCGCUCCGACCCUUAGUUUUCCCGCACUAAAUCCCUCCCCCCGCUUGAUAUCCAGCGUCGCUGGCAUUCGAUGAAUCCCCAUGGCACUCCGACCGCCGGCCAGAGAGGAAGAAGAGGCGGAAGAGGCCGCUCUGCCGCUGUCGGAGGCCGUUCAUCGUGGGCGCCUGUCCUAAACUCUCCUCCCACUCAUUACAAGGUCGGAGGAGAAGAGAACUAUGCUGAUGAUUCCAGUAGAAGAAUGAGUGGGCUGUCACUAGGUAGAGGGAGUAGCUCUCACCAGAAUUCUCCUGGCACGUUUUCAAGGGAUUCUUAUCAAGCAUCUGAGCCAGCAGCAUACGGUAUGUUACAGACGAUGAACCCAUUUGAACUUGGAAAUUCUGAUGAUGGGGGAAGCCAGAAAGGAGAAACCGCUGCCAAGGCCAGUGGUAGCGAGUCAGAGCAGGCUGAGGUAGGACCUGUGAAUAGGACAUCUUUCGAUAUCUGUCCGCUUAAGACUGGAGGUCCUGUUAGGCUGAAACCUUCUUUGUCGGAGGUGAACAAAUUAAAGAGGAAUAUGCAGCGCAAUAUGGAAGGGAAUAAUGGAAGAGUAUUGAGGCCCGGGAUGGUGCUUUUGAAACAUCAUCUUUCAUUGGAUGAUCAGGUCAAAAUUGUGAACUUAUGUAGAAAACUUGGUGUGGGCACUGGAGGGUUUUAUCAACCGGAAUACCGAAAUGGUGAGAAGAUGCAUCUGAAAAUGAUGUGCCUUGGCCGUAACUGGGAACCUGAUGAUGAUAAGUACGUUGAAAACCGGAAUGUUGAUGGAGCUAAACCACAUAGCAUUCCUCAAGAGUUCAGUCUAUUGGUUAGAGAUGCUAUUAAAGAUUCUCAAGCGCUAAUAGAAGAAACCUGCAAACCUGGGAAUGUGGAAUAUGUCCUUCCAUCAAUGUCACCAAGCAUCUGUGUAGUAAACUUCUAUACAGCAUCUGGCCGGCUGGGUCUUCAUCAGGACAAAGCCGAAAGUUUCGAAAGUCUACGGAAGGGGUUACCGGUGGUUUCUUUCUCCAUUGGAGAUUCAGCGGAAUUUGAGUAUGCUGAUCAAAGGGACGAUAAAAAGGCAGAGAAGGUAUUGUUGGAAUCUGGAGAUGUACUGAUAUUUGGCGGCAUAUCCAGAAAUAUAUUUCAUGGUGUGACUAAAGUUCAGCAAAACACUGCCCCAAAGGCGUUACUUGAUCAAACCAAUCUCCGGACAGGGCGUCUCAAUCUGACUUUCAGACAAUAUUGAAGAAGGAAGAAUGUUCGAAGAUGGAUAGAAUUGCUUUUACAGCAAGCAACAUGGAGAAGGUUCUAAUGAAAGAAUAUUAUCAAAUGCACGAAUGUAGUAUAGGAUAACAUUGUAGAAUAUCAAUCACCCUGUGAUCUCAGAAUAUGAAUCGUCCAUCUCACCUUGUCAAGCAAAGAGAUCUAUCUGGGUGCCUCUGAAAGAAUUCGAUGUUGGCUUCCGAGCUUUCCAUUGUAAAUCUGAUGAUCUCCCCCAUGCGAAUUUGCUUAAAUCUAGUUCAGAAAAAGCGAAAGGAAUUCGCAAACUGGAUGAAUUUGUCGAAUCUCGUUUACUCAUGUUUAGACAGACAAGGUUACUGAC